CGUUAAAUGAAAAGUGGAAGUAACAACAGAUACAGUGUGUGGAUGUAGGUGGCAACGGAGCUACAGGGGAGACUGCUGCAUUUUUUCGCUAAUAUUCUGCACUAUGUGAGAGUCCAGUGCAAAAUAAAAUAAAAAAUAAACAAACAUAAAAGUGGCACAGGCGCUAAGGCCAAAUGCCUGAUAUAUGGAGCAGAAAGAGAAUACUUGUGCGUUAGUCGAGGGUGUCGCUGAAAGGAUGUCCCAGCAGUCAUGUAUUCCUUAUAAUGAAGUGAAUUCUGCCUCAACCACCUAAGCGUAACCAGAACUGCUGCUUUGUGCAGGUUUCUGAAGGCUUAGAUCGUCGGGUUAAAGUUUCCAUCAGUGGGAUAUUGUGUGGAUCUGACAUACAAUGUGUUUGCAUGGGACCCCGUGUCGCUGGGCAUAAUUGUUCUCUAGGGUACCUCCUUGGAAACAAGAAGCAAGCAUAUAAAGAUCUGCAAGAGAUGAAAUGGUGCUCUGGAGAUGACGGAAGAGUUGACAGUCGGACAGUUUAUGUUGGUCAUCGUUCACCUCCUGGAAGUGACACUCACAUUGUACAAAAAUUUUGCAGUAACCGGAUAGUCUCUUCCAAGUAUACUUUAUGGAACUUUCUUCCCAAGAACCUUUUUGAACAGUUUAGAAGAAUUGCCAAUUUUUAUUUUCUUAUAAUUUUCCUUGUACAGGUUAUAGUUGAUACACCAACAAGCCCAGUGACCAGCGGCCUUCCAUUGUUCUUUGUAAUUACAGUGACAGCAGUUAAACAGGGUUAUGAAGACUGGCUGAGACACAAAGCUGACAAAGAAGUAAAUGAAAGCACUGUCUAUGUUGUUGAAAAUAAGAAACUUGUAGAAAAAGAAUGUCAAGUAAUCAAGGUUGGUGAUAUAGUACAGGUUACAGAAGAUUUAGUGUUUCCAUGUGAUCUUAUACUUUUGUCGACAAGCAGAGAAGAAGGGGUAUGCUAUGUUACUACUGCAAGUUUGGAUGGCGAGUCUAACCACAAGACCUACUAUGCUGUCUCUGAUACGAUGAAGCUUAGUACAGAUGAAGAGGUAGGGGCGGUGAAUGCUACCAUCGAGUGUGAGCAACCUCAGUCUGAUCUCUACAAAUUUGUUGGAAGAAUGCACAUCUAUGGAGACACUCAUGAGCCAGUUGCAAGAUCCCUGGGUCCUGAAAACCUGCUACUGAAAGGAGCUACUUUGAAAAACACCAAGAAGAUUUAUGGUGUUGCUGUUUAUACUGGAAUGGAAACAAAAAUGGCAUUAAACUACCAAGGAAAGUCCCAAAAACGUUCAGUUGUAGAGAAAUCCAUCAACAGUUUUCUUCUUGUAUAUCUAUUUCUUCUGCUCAGUAAAGCAGUGGUGUGCACAACUUUAAAAUAUGUGUGGCAAACCAAGUUUUUCCUUGAUGAAGUCUGGUACAACCGUCCAGUGAAGAAAGAUACUAAUCAGUUUUUACACAUGUUCACAGACUUUCUGUCCUUCAUGGUUUUGUUCAACUUCAUCAUCCCAGUGUCCAUGUAUGUAACCGUGGAAAUGCAGAAGUUUUUCGGCUCGUUCUUUAUUUCCUGGGAUGAAGAGAUGUAUGACGAAAAAAUACAAGAGGGUGCACUGGUGAACACAUCAGACCUUAAUGAAGAACUUGGCCAGGUUGAAUACGUCUUUACAGAUAAAACUGGAACACUUACAGAAAACAACAUGGAGUUCAUCGAGUGCUGCAUAGAUGGAUACAGAUACAGUCAUAAGGAUCCCUUUACAGAAGUAGAUGGCUUUUGCUCUACUGAUGGACCAAUCACAAAACUGUAUGGGCGAGCUGAAAAGGAGAGAGAGGAGUUAUUUCUGCGUGCCUUAUGCUUGUGCCAUACUGUUGAAAUCAAUGAAGAGGACCAACCUGAUAGACCUACAAAAAACGAUAACUGCCGAACUUAUAUUUCAUCAUCUCCGGAUGAAAUUGCUUUGGUGAAAGGAGCAGAAAAAUAUGGUUUCAGUUUCAUUGGACGGGAAAAUAAUUAUUUGAAAAUACAGAACCGCAGUAAUGAAACUGAAUGGUAUCAGCUUCUGCACAUUUUAAACUUUGACCCUGUCCGUCGGAGGAUGAGUGUAAUUGUGAAAAUGCAAUCAGGGAGCAUUGUUCUUAUCUGCAAAGGAGCAGAUUCCUCUAUAAUUCCAAGAGUGAAGCAAGACCACGUUGAAGAAAUAAAAAGACACGUAGAACGCAAUGCAUUGGAUGGUUACAGAACCCUCUGUGUGGCCUACAGAGAACUUGAGCAAGAUGAAUAUAAUGUUAUGGACUCCCAGCUAAAUGAAGCAAAACUGGCUCUUCAUGAAAGAGACAGAAAGAUGUCAGAAGUCUAUGAUACCAUAGAAACAGACAUGCAGUUAAUCGGGGCUACUGCUGUAGAGGACAAACUCCAAGAACAGGCUGCAGAAACUAUUGAAGCACUACAUGAAGCUGGCAUAAAAGUAUGGGUGCUGACAGGAGACAAAAUGGAAACUGCCAAAUCAACUUGCUAUGCCUCUCGACUUUUCCGGAAUGAUACAGAACUACUAGAGCUGACAACCAAAACUACUGGAGAUGUUGACAGGAAAGAAGAACGGCUGCAUGAGUUACUCAGGGAAUUUCACAAAACUCUAAUGCAGGGAAUAACAAACCACAGACAAGGUUCCAGAAAAAGUUGGAUGUCAGUGAAAGAAUAUGGUUUGAUCAUUGAUGGAUCGACAUUGUCAUUAAUUCUAAAUCCAGAGGACGAUCGCCAGUCCACUCAGCACAGAAUGCUUUUCCUACAGAUCUGCCAAAAGUGCACUGCUGUUCUUUGCUGUCGGAUGGCUCCAUUGCAGAAAGCACAGAUUGUCAGAAUGGUGAAAAAUACAAAAGGCAGACCCAUAACCUUAUCGGUCGGUGAUGGUGCCAAUGAUGUCAGCAUGAUUUUAGAAGCUCAUGUUGGAAUAGGUAUCAAAGGAAAAGAGGGUCGACAAGCAGCUCGAAACAGUGAUUAUGCCAUUCUAAAGUUUAAACAUCUAAGGAAAUUAAUACUUGUUCAUGGGCAUUUGUUUUAUGUAAGAAUAGCACAUCUUGUGCAGUAUUUUUUCUACAAGAACCUUUGUUUUAUUUUGCCACAGUUUUUGUACCAGUUUUUUUGUGGAUUCUCCCAGCAGCCAUUAUACGAUGCAGCAUAUCUCACAAUGUACAACAUCUGCUUUACUUCACUUCCUAUCCUGGCAUACAGUUUGUUGGAGCAGCGUACUAGUAUUGAAAGGCUCAGUACAGAAUUCAAGUUAUACAAGAACAUCUCCAAUAAUGCACUAUUGCAAUGGAAACCAUUUCUAUACUGGACUUCACUGGGACUAUAUGAAGGGCUUGUGUUUUUCUUUGGGGCGUACUCCGUUAUAAGGAACUCAGCACUGGGAGAUAAUGGUCAGGUGUUUGGAAACUGGACAUUUGGAACCCUUAUAUUUACUAUCCUCGUGUUUACAGUAACAGUAAAGCUUGCACUGGAUACCCGAUACUGGACAUGGCUGAACCACUUAGUGAUAUGGGGAUCCCUCGCCUUCUAUGUCUUUUUCUCAUUCUUCUGGGGAGGAAUAAUAUGGCCUUUCAUUAAACAGCAACGGAUGUAUUUCGUGUUUGCCCAUAUGCUGACAUCUGUCUCUGUUUGGCUUACAAUAAUUCUUCUAAUAUUUGUAAGCCUGCUUCCGGACAUUCUUGUAACAGUCUUUAAAAAUUCCAGGGAAGCUCAACACCAGAAGGUACAGAAGGAUUCUGUUUCAUCCAGAUCUUCAGCUAGACCACUUCUUUUACGAACGUUCUCAGAUGAAUCUAAUGUUGUCUAACAGAAUGUGAAUUGUUCAUCAACUGUUUUGUUGUUGUCAUGCAAGUUUCAUGAGAGUAAUCAUAUCAUAUGAGAGUAAAGACAGUUACAUGUCUCGGUCAAAUAUGCCUUCUGUCGGCUUGAAGUUAGUACAGUCCCUGAAACUGGCAUCAGGCUUUCAUAUGACCAGCUUCCCUGAAAGGUAUUGAAUAUGUAGGCAUCAUCUACAUAAGCCAGACCUCACAAACAACUUAACAGGAAAGUACAAUAGCUGCUGUCCAUAGAACUCUACAGAAAAGUUUGUUUUAAUAUAUUUAUAUAUGUAUAUGGACUGCCUGAAUUAUAUGGAAGAUUUGCCACUGCAGCUAGAAGGAGAAAGAUCUCUUUCUACAAAGUCAGAAUGUAUGAGCUGCCACAAAAGUGUGAAGAAGAAAAAUUCUUAAUCAGACUACUGUUUAAAUGAUUUCAGAGAUUUCAUGGACCACAGUUUUACUUUUUCCAUUGCCUGUCCCGUUUUAUUUGCACAACAGAAGCCAACUAAUGUGAAAAUAUUCUUCUUUGUUUAUCUCUCACUCUCCACCGUAAAUGUCCUGAAUUCCUACCAUUCUUUGUGACUUACAUGCAAAUCUGCUUAUGAUAUUGUUAUCAUAUCUGCCAUGUUGAUUUAGUGUCACAAAUUUUAGACUUUAAGCCUUCUGCUUAAUUUAUCUGUAUAUUGAAAGUUUAAUUUAGGGGGUCUGUCACUACACUGGAUUUUCAGUUUAGUAACCAAUUUGAUCUGUUCUCAGUUAAAGUUUAUCUGUUGAAACUUUUUCUACUGUAACAAUUCACUGGGAUUUUGUGAAACUAUGUGAAUAAGAGAAAUAAAAAAAAUAUUUUUACAAACUGUU